AACCCUUUUCAAAGUAAUUACCAAAUAGUAAUAUAAUUUUUCUUAUAAUAGAAUAUUGAAAAACUUACAAUCAUAAUGCUUUACAACAAUCCCAAACACAAUAAUAAUGUUACGGUUAGCAAGUAUUUGAUGAGGAAAGAAAAUGAGUGCUCCUUCAUUUGGCUUUGGCAUCACAAGCAUGGUCCCCCAAGUCAUCCGUUGGUGAUGGCUCCACAACACUUUGUCAAAGAAGCUCAGAGCCAGCGGUUUUAUGUUAUGCAUGCAAAAGAAGCCAGGAUCUACUCUCUGCAUAUUGCUGGGUUUGAUUGCUUACGCCAGUAGCCUGAACUUUAAUCAUGCACUCAAUGAAGAAAAGAAAAGUUUCUCAUCCAUCAUAGAUGGUAACCUAACAAUAUUUAGAAUUAGGAGAGAAGGAUAAAGUUCCAUUUCAAGUUUCUGAUAGCCUUUAAAAGCAAUGGUCCCCAAUUGAUAAUUAGUCUGAGCCCUCUCCUGCCAGCAGCUAAAACAAUAGAACAGGGACCAUCUUGUGAAUAUACGAAAUGGGAGGCCACAAUGGAAAGUCAAAAAAUACAUUGAACAACAGGUCAACAGGACGAAUGAUAAGGUUGCAGACAAAAUAAUGACUGGAAAGCCACAAGACAUUGUUGGUCACAGGUCUUAGUAAAUGAAGCAGUAGAUUAGAACAAGUGGUCACAAGCCCACAUUGGAUGUCAUAUUAGUCUACUUUUAAUGCUCUCAACAUCAAGUAGAUGUUUCAUUCUCAAAGAGUGGAAAUUUCUGCAGCUGUGUCGGUGAGUUUAAAUCCCUGAGGAGUUACAGUCCAGGAACUCAUAUUUUUGAGACUUAUGGUUCAGGAAUUAACAAACAGCCUCUUGAGGUAAAGGUUAUACUUACAGGUGAACAAUUUGAGAUCUUUGAUGAGGAUGUAAUUAAGACCUCCACUUUGUGUUGUUGAGUUUAACUGCAGCCGGCUCUAAACAGUAGGGACAAUUGCCAAAUGGGAUAUUGAACCUGCAAAACAAUCAUUUAUAACCAUAAAUAAACCAAACAGAUAAAGAAACAAUGGAGACAGUCCAAGAUAACAAGGGUAGGUAACUGUCAACUAAAACAAUUCACUGCUG